GUUCAUCAUCUCAUACAUCUCAUUUUGAGUUUAAAUUCGUGUUCAAAUAUUCAGUGUCAUUGCAAUGAUUAUUUUUUUAAAAUGCAAAAAGUUGGAUACGAUCUUAAGGAUAAAAAGUGCAUAUAUUAUUUUGAUGAUAAUUCUUGCAGUUGAUAAAACUUAUGGAAACAGUGCUUUAUGCCAAACGCCUGGAAUUUGUGUCCCAGUAUCGGCUUGUCAGGCAGUUAUAGACUUACUCAAUGGAUAUAAAGUUAUACCAUAUUGGAUGAAAACUUAUUUGCAACAAUCCUACUGUGGGACAUUCGGAAAUGUGCAUCAUGUUUGUUGUGAACCAAAAGAUAUUAUUGAACCUCUUAGGCGUGCAGGUACUGUAAAAUCGAAACUCGAUGUCCAAACUGGAUUAACCAUGUUACAAAGGCAAUCUAAUAACUAUAACUAUAAAUGUGGAAUGAGAGAUGCUAAUCGACAAACCAAUCUCUCCGAAUUUCCAUGGAUGGCUUUGCUUAUAUAUUGUAAAGGUUUGAAUGACUGUGCAGGAGCAUUGACCAAUGGCUGUGCAGGAACGUUGAUCCAUGAAAGAUAUGUUCUUACUGCAGCUCAUUGCAUCUUGUCUGAAAAAAAUAAACUGGUCAGAGUUCGUUUGGGUGAAUAUGAUACCGAAUCCAAUGAAGACUGUGAAGGCGAGGGUCAUAAAAAGAGGUGUGCUCCACCAACACAAGAAAUUGGCAUAAAGGAGGCUAUUUAUCAUAAAGACUUUAAUUUUACCGCAAUGGUCAAUGAUAUUGGAUUGCUGCGACUUGUUAAGAAAGCUGUGAUAAGAACAAAUGUUAUACCAAUCUGCCUGCCUAUACCGAAUACUUCCAAAAUGUAUUCUUUAAAUGAAAUGAUAAUAGCUGGAUGGGGUGUUACAGAAAAUGGCAGUGAAGCUAAGAUUCUACAAUAUGCUUUUGUUUCUGUAAUAAAAAACAUCGAUUAUUGUCGAAAAAUAUUCAAAUCACAAUUAGAAAUCACCCAUAAACAUAUCUGUGCUGGAGGAGGAAAAUACCAUGUCAAUUUUUGCAAAGGUGAUUCAGGUGGACCGCUAUUUAAUUAUAUGCCAUACAAUUGGGGUGAGGCGCGGUAUAUACAGUUUGGUGUGAUUUCGGCUGGUAAUGCAGCCUGUGGUUCUAAUGCACCUGGAAUAUUUACCAAAGUUGUGGAAUAUUUGGAUUGGAUUGCUAGCAAUUUAACAUUCGAUUAA